CGCCGCCCGGCUGGAACCCUCAUCCGGGAGGCUCUUGAGGGGAGCGGCCGCGCCUCGGUCUUCAGUCUCGCUUUCCUCCCUAGAUAAACGUGUGAGGUGCCCACCUCUCCCCACACAUGGUAAAGGCACCCAAAGAUGGGCAGAGUGUGAAUAGUUUGGAGCUGUUGUGUUAGAAGCUGCUGUAUCUUCAAGUGGGCAUGUGUGGCAGGAGUUUUUGGUUCCUUAUUCCUGAAGUAGAAGGAAGCUGCUACUUUGCUAAGGACCAGCUUACACUGACCUAUCAUGGCAUCCAACAAAUUUGUCAUUAAGUGUGGGAACUUUGCUGUUUUGGUGGAUGUUCAUAUUUUGCCUCAAGGCUCCAGUAAAGACACCAGCUGGUUUUCAGAUCAUGAGAAAGAGGAGGUCUGCAUGCUGCUAGAAGAAGUUGUUGCUUCAAGGGUCAAACAUUACUUGGAAACACCUAAACAACGUGGUCAAUGGAAAUCAAUGGAACGUGCACCAUCUGGUCCUUUGUUUCUUACCGCCAACAGUUUUCACAUUACUGCCUACUUUAUGAAGAGAUGGGUUAAUCUCCGUUGUGCUGUAGGGAAACGUUAUCGUGAGCUACGUGUGUUUCCAGACAGAUUUAUAGUUUGUGUCAGUAAACUUGAAUCUAAUCCAAGUGCUUGGACGUGUGAAAAUGGUGUAUUGAAAGAAGAACUUUCCAAUGGGACGUCUGAAUAUUUUACUGAAUCUGCGGAGAACAAGAAGCUUAAGAUAAGUCUGAACGAACAAAUAAAGCAAGACAUCUUGAAAGAAAUUGUGAAAAGGACAAAACCAAGGAAAAGUAGCACAAGCAAACCUCAGAUCAGCAAGGACUCCAAGAAAGUGUAUCUUGGCUCAGUGGACUCGCAGACAGGGAACAGAAAGAACGACUGUCAAACUUCUCUCAGUCCUCAAUCUGAAGUGAAAUGUAGGAGUGCAGGACUGCUGAAGGACUGCAUAACUACAGCCGAGAGCAGCUUGGGGCUUCCUGUUUUAGAGCUGGAAAAUUAUGUUAAUCAGAGACAGCCAGAUGAUGUUAGCAGCCAGCAAAAACCUCACUCCGUGGAGUGGUUGAAGUCGAGUCUUCUAAGCGAGAACCUUCCUUGUAGCUCUGAGUCAGCACUGCUAGGUCCAGAACAAAGUCAAAAAGCGACCGAAACACAGGCUCAACAGAAGAGCUGUGGUUCAGAAGAAAAGUUAGAGCAUUUAAAAAAAGUAUCCUCUGAAGGGACUCCUUUAAUUCCUAGCAAUACAGAAAUGAGUAAGUGUGAUGAUGAUUGUUUAGGUCCGUUCCCGGAGGAGAAGACCCCACUUAAUUCCCGGUUGUUUUCUAAACAAGACUUGACAAAGACUGCGUCUGAUGAGGAGUCGCUAACUUUGGGAGAAAACCUCUCCCGGCCUCUUUCCGUGAGGAACAAUAUAGUGCAGACAAACAAAAAUGAGCUAAGCACAACCACUGAAGACUUGCCUGUGAUGCCAUCACCUUGUUUAGAACUGCAGCCUGUGUCUUCAGAGAAGCUCACCCAAAAAAGAAAGAAAGAGGUUGCAAAUGGUCUCGGGAAGUUAAAACUGCGAAGGCUUAAGAAGUCAAAGUCUGAAAUAUUACCUUGAUGGCAGGGGUGGACAGCCAAAUUUGUGUUUGGAAUGCAUAUGCAAAAAGUAGGAAGCGAUUCAAAAUAAUGAAGAAGAAUAAAAAUACAAAGUCAAACUUUUUAAGAAAAUUUAGUUAAUGAAGUAUUUUAGUCCUUUGGAACUGUAAUGAAGAUAAUUCUGUUAAGUCUUUAGGAAUUAAACAUAAAUAUUGUACAAACCAGCAAAUUAUUUAUAGAAAGAAGAAUCUCUUGUAAAAUAAUAUUUACUAAGCAAAAUUUUAGAUCUGCGUAUGUUUUGGUACUAUUAAAAAGUCAUAUCAGCUGCUGACAGCAACAGUUAAAACCACUUUUGUGAUC